AUGGGUCACCAGCAGCUGUACUGGAGCCAUCUGAGGAAAUUUGGCCAGGGUUCUCGUUCUUGCCGCAUCUGCUCAAACCGGCACGGUCUGGUCCAGAAAUACGGCCUCAGUAUGUGCCGCCCGUGUUUCCGUCAGUACGCGAAGGAUAUAGGCUUCAUUAAGUUGGAUUAA